CUUAAAAGCCCAAUCGAAUCACGCUUAAAUAAUAUUUAUCAAAUUAUGCUCAUGCGGAAUUGAAAUUGAACUUCGGCGACAAAACCGUGAAUCAUUUUUGCUUCAUGAGCUAAACAUUCACUUUUACUCGAGUUUAUUUUGUAGCCGGAAGUGGGGAUGUACAUGAGCUGUGUAGGCGAUUACAGUGUGGUCAAACGCAGACAAACGGUCCACAGUGCUUUGAAAAUGAAGUCACAGGUGAAAACAGACCCAAAAGAAAUAACUGAACUCUACCGGAACCUCAGCCUCUUUCCCUCGUUGAAGAAGGCAGAUGUCGGACCUGUCAUUACUUCUCAAUAUGGCGGCAAAUACAGCAACAUUUACACAGAAUGGAGCCAACGUGAUUUGGAAAGAAGUGAGAACGUAAAUUUCUGCCGACAGUACAUAGUGUUUCAUGAUGAGAAAUCUGUUGUCUUCUCUGGAACUUCUGGAAACUGCACUGAAGUCAAAGGAGAACUGCUGAGUAAAGAUUCUCCUUCAGGAGCAAUGAAGGCUGUUGUCAGAGAGACUUCUGUCAAAGGAGAAAAGAAGUAUUUUCUUGAGAUUUGGAGCAAAAACAUUAAAGUGAAGAGCAUCAAUCUAACUGCACUUAACAAGCAUGGGAGAGUUUAUGAAGACGCGCAGUUUGGGUGUUUGGUUUGGUCCCACUCUGAGACCCAUCUCUUGUACAUCGCAGAAAAAAAGAAGCCAAAGACAGAGUCUUUCUUCCAGACAAAGUCACCAGAACUUACUUCUGCUCCAGAUGAAGAUAUGAUCAGGGCAACGAAAGAGGAAGUUGUGAAGGGGGAGCAGUUCCUCUUCCAAGAAGACUGGGGUGAGGCCCUCGUGAACAAAAGCACCCCAGUGCUCUGUGUUUUGGACAUCGAAGGUGACAACGUCUCAGUGUUGGAAGGAGUGCCUGAACAUAUCUCACCUGGACAGGGUUUCUGGGCUCCUGGCGACACAGGUGUAGUGUUUGUCGGCUGGUCUCAUGAGCCUUUCAGACUUGGUCUCACAUAUUGCCCAAACAGGAGAUCCUCUUUGUUCUAUGUGGAUCUUACUGGAGGGAAAUGUGAGCAGUUGUCAUCGGGCACCACUGCUGUGUUCUCUCCGAGACUAAGCCCAGACCACUGCCGCAUUGCUUACUUGGAGUGUUCUAUCUAUGGACCACACAUGCAGUGCUUCAAACUGUGCUUGUAUGACUGGUAUACGAAGAAGACUUCUGUGGUGGUGGAUGUGGUGAAGCAGCCACAAGAAGAUGGCUUCACUGGGAUCUACUGCUCCCAGUUGUCCCCUCAGUGCUGGUCAAGUGACAGCCAGCGAAUUAUCCUUUCCUGUGCUCAGCGCAGCCAAAAGGCUCUGUUGAUGGUGGAUAUCAGCACGGGACACGUCACCUCUCUGACCUCUGAGUCUGACAUCAGUGAUUGCAGUCUGCUGACAAUUGAACGAGAUCUCAUGGUGGUUAGCUGCUCGUCCCCAAACCAGCCUCCAUGUUUGCGUGUUGGUUUCCUCCCGGCCAUCGAUUCUGAAGAGCCAGUGGAAUGGGUCACUCUGGAAGACUCCCAGUCAUUGCCAGACAUUGACUGGAAGAUUCUGACUUUCACCCCUCCAGCUGAUCAAGACAACACUCAAUAUCCUGGCCUGGAUUUUGAAGCUUUGUUGAUCAAACCAAAGGAGCCAAAGGAAGGCGGGAAGCUGCCUCUUAUUGUUAUUCCGCAUGGAGGACCUCACUCUGUGAUUGUUGCGGACUGGAGUCUAUCCUGCGCCGUGUUGAGCAUGAUGGGCUUUGCAUCGUUAUUCGUCAACUAUCGUGGUUCUAUUGGAUAUGGGCAGGACAGCAUCCUCUCUUUGCCUGGCAAUGUUGGCACACAGGAUGUCAAAGAUGUUCAGUUUGCUGUUGAAAGCGUCCUUGCAAGCGACGCAUUCGACCGGCAGAAUGUGUCUGUUGUCGGCGGCUCUCACGGUGGUUUCCUAGCCUGUCAUCUCAUUGGCCAGUAUCCCACCUUCUACAAGUCCUGUAUUGCUCGCAACCCCGUCAUUAACUUUGUUUCCAUGGUUGGAAGCACUGACAUUCCUGAUUGGUGUCUGGUUGAAGCUGGUUUCGACUAUGCUUCAGAUUGUCUGCCUGAUGCUGGCGCAUACAAACAGAUGUUGGACAUUUCACCCAUCAAACACAUACAGAAUGUACAAACACCUGUGCUGCUCAUACUAGGAGAAGAUGACAGACGUGUGCCAAACAAACAAGGCAUUGAAUACUACAGAGCACUUAAAGCGAAGCAGGUUCCUGUGCGCUUGCUAUGGUACCCUGAGAACAACCACUCCCUGUCUAAGGUGGAUGCUGAGGCCGAUGGCUUCAUGAACAUCGCUCUGUGGAUAAUUCAACACAUGAGUCAGUGAUGGUGACGAGCUACUCGGGGGUUUCAGGAACCUUUUCUUGAUCAUCAAAAGCUUUAAAUGCGCGCUCCAAAUCGAUGCAGAAAUAAUGUUUUUUCUAACUCCUUAUCAGUGGGAAACACUAAAUCUGUAGUUCUUGAGUUUAUUCGGUCAUUUUCACUCUCUCAUGUUAAAAAUUGUCUGCGAGGUAUAAACAUUUUUGUUAUGACCAAUUGUGCAAGAUCAUUGCCUUGUGAGACGAAAUCUGAUUGUAUUCAUUAAAUCUAAUGAAUAAAACACGCCA